AUGAUAUUAGACGCAUCCUUUGGUGGUUCAGUACUUUUUAAGACUGCUGAUCAAGCCAUUGCUGUGAUAGAAAAUAUGGCUUCCAUUGAUUUGAGGAGCCAACAUGGGAGAAUUCCAGCACAGAGGAGAGGAGUGUAUGAACUGAGUGCCCAGGAUGCUUUACUUGCACAAAAUAAGAUUCUGGCCCAACAGAUGGAACUCCUAACUCAACAUAUGGCCAAACUACCUCAGCAGUUGCAAGCAAUGCAAGCUCAACCUCAACCACAUCAUCAAGUAAUGAGAUGUGAUUUCUGUGGAGAUAGCCACCCCAACGGCCAUUGUCAAAGUCCUAGAGAGAAGAGCCUUCACGUUCGGUGCAGAGAGUGCGAUGUGUCGAUUCAAUCUGCGAAUGAACACACCCUUAAGCAUGAUAGGUUCCUUCUCGCUGGUGUUAAACUUUCUGCUUCUUCUUCAUCGCAAGAAACCCCUUCUCCUUCAAACUCUGCCCCUGAUUCUCUUUUUGACGUUUCUCAUAAAAAAACAUUACCUUUAUCUUCCACUGUCAGUAAGGUUGGUGUUGAAGCGGCGACUUCCACCGACGCUAGCAGCAUAUCGGAGUAUUUGAUAGAGACUCUUCCUGGGUGGCAGGUUGAAGACUUUCUCGAUUCAUAUUCUGUUCCCUUUCGUUCUGGUGCUCGUGAAAUUUUCUCCAAUUGA